AUGUCCCUGGUUUGUGCAAGUAAGUUCAAAUGAAUGAGUCGAGUUGCCCUUCCGUAACGUUAGCAGUACGUUACACAGACGGCAAAUAUCACGUAUGUUUGUGUAUAAGAAUGUCUCUAGAACCUUCCCUUAUUAUUGUCACCCUAUGCAUGUUAUACAUUUCAAUUCGCAAGCAUCCCUUUUCAAACAUUGUAUACUGGGUCAGCUUGACAUCGGUAUUAUAACGUUAUAUCUGCAAAGUACACUUAAACGGUAAUGUGUCCUUCUGUCUAAAGUUACGUUUUCCGUAUUUAUAUUGUAAUUUAGGGCCUACUAAUUUACCCCUCUCUCUCUACCUUCCAUCCAGUCUCAAAUGAGGUCCCGGAGCACCCGUGCGUGUCGCCGGUGUCCAACCAGGUGUUCGAGCGGCGGCUUAUUGAGAAGUACAUCGCCGAGAAUGGAGCAGACCCUAUGAAUGGGCAGCCUCUGUCAGAGGAACAGCUGAUAGACAUUAAAGGUGAGGGAGACAUGGAGGAGAGUGUGUUCAGAUCUGAUGCUGAGCUGCAGUCAACACAAUAAGGGUUAUCCAUAUUAUUUCACUUCCAACUAUUCCUGCAUGGUGCUCAGUAAUCUCUAGGCUAGAGUGUAUUCUGCCACUUCAACAACAAUGAUAACCCCACUAGUCAGGGGUCAAAAGAUAUCUCACUACAUUAAGCUAUUUUUGUCUCCCCCUGCCUCAGUCUCUCACCCCAUCAGACCCAAAGCUCCCUCAUCCACUAGUAUCCCAGCCAUCCUCAAAGCUCUUCAGGAUGAGUGGGUAAGUCCAUGUAUACUCUGCUAAACUCCCCUUCACUGUGUCUGAACUGAGACACACACUGUUAAGUUGCGUAAUUCGAAUCUGGUAUCAUAACAGAAUUUAACACUAAGUCACUGAAUAUAUUCUCAGCUUUUUUAUUAAUAUAAUUAGUCAAGCGAAUAAAUGGUAAAUGCAAUUUUCGUAUAUACGGGUUCACGGUAACACCUCGCAGGGCAAAACAGAGAACUAACUGUCCCAACCCAAAGUUAUUAUUUUAAUACUCUGGCAGAGAUAGUUCCCGUUCAAAGCGGGCCUGUCAGAGUAGAGGCUGAGCGUGGUUUAAACUUACUCAGCCUAUCGUUGGCGCACAGGCUGGUCCCAGCCCCUUGGCUCGAGAGUCAGCAACCCUCAGACAUAGUUUCCUCUUCUUCAUUGUUGCAGUACACAUGUCCUUGAGCGGUUUAACAAAGAGGCAGUGUGUGUGUGUGUGUGUGUGUGUCACAAGUCUAUCUCAGCCUCGCCCCUAACGGUUCCUCACAUUAAUCACAGCUUGUUAUGUUAAACAAUCUAUAUCAGUACAGCACAAACCUAUUAUGUUUAAUCAUUCAUGUAUUCUUUUUAAGCUAGGCAUAACAUCUAAUUAUAAGAAAAUAGAUCCCAACAACACACACACUCCUCCUUCCUACCACACACUCUUCUAAAACACUCUCUCUCUCCCAGGAUGCGGUGAUGCUCCACAGUUUCACCUUGAGGCAGCAGCUGCAGACGACGCGUCAGGAGCUAAGCCACGCCCUCUACCAGCACGACGCCGCCUGCAGGGUCAUCGCCCGUCUCACCAAGGAGGUCACUGCCGCCAGAGAGGGUGAGAGACAUAUACAUGUGUACACACACUUAUAUGCAUACACAUUCUUGUACACUCAACACAUAUGAUUAUACAUACAUUGUAACACACACACAGUAUUACGGACGGACACACGUGCAAGCAUACUUGCACACACUUUUGUGUUCAUCUGGAUACAGCUUUGGAUGUUAGUGGCCAUGGGGCCUCGCUUCUUAUUUCUCCUCUGCUAUGUUUGACCCUUCUCUCUCUCCGUGUAGCUCUGGCCACUCUGAAGCCACAGGCGGGAUUGGUGGUGGCUCAGGCAGUCACUUCCCAGCCCUCUGUCACGGUCAGUGAUUGGCUCAAAGCCCUCAGUCAACAUGUUUAAUUUGAUAGUUAACUGGUUUGAUGGUUAACUUUGCAUGAGCUCAAAAAGUCUGUUUCUUGAUUGAAGUCUUUGGUCUAAGUGAGACCUUUAAAGUUGUAGUAUAUAUAAAAAUAAUUUUGGACAGCUGACACAAACACACAUUUUCUAAUCAGAAAUGUACCAUUCUAGUUUGUUAUUCAUUUCUGUAUUUCAUCUCACAGGCUGGAGGAGCAGGAGAGCCCAUGGAGGUCAGUGAGCAGGUGGGAAUGAAUCCAGAGAUCAUACAGAAGGUAAGAGAUGAUACGUGACCUCACAUACAUUCACAUCUACAGUACCAGAGAAAUGAUACCACACUGUUAUACUAGACUAUCAUGUGCAUUCAUUGCAAAUAGUGCCAUAUAAGGCUGUGAUGUAUAAAACCUUGAAAUAAUCAAUCAACCAAUCAGCCACGCUUUCACUCAGUCACACUACACAGCACAGAGUUACCUAUACUGAGAUGUCCGCCUCUCUCCACAGCUCCAAGACAAGGCCACUGUCCUCACCACAGAGAGAAAGAAGGUAACUAUUCAAACGCCAAAGAAGUCAUUUUCAAACAACUUCCCUGAUCAUAGAAUAACCGACCUAAUGUCGAACCAAUUGUCAGCUGAGUAUAAGCUAUGGGCUGUGUCUCAAAUGGCAACCUGCCCUCUUCUUAGUGCACUACUUUUGAACAGGGUCCAUAGGGUGACAUUUGGGACGUAGUCAUGCCAGGAGACAUUUUUGUCCAAACCUCACCUCUACCAUCUCUCUUCCCACAGAGAGGAAAGACAGUUCCAGAAGAGCUGGUCCGAACGGAGGACCUCAGCAAGUACAGACAAGUGGCCACCCAUGCUGUGAGUAUGUGUGUGUGUGUGUGUGUGUGUGUGACAUCUAGCUAUGGCUGGUGUUGGAACACUAAUUCUUCAAACCUUGGGCAAGUUCAGAAAAGUUCCUCCCUGUUUCAGACCGUUUUUCUUCUGUUUCGUGCCUACUGAACACAACCCUAAAUGAUGUUUCUAUGUCUCCCUCGCUCUCUCUCUGUCUGUCUGUCUGUCUGUCUGUCUGUCUGUCUGUCAGGGUCUCCACAGUGCCAGUGUGCCUGGGAUCCUGUCUCUGGACCUGUGUCCUUCCGACACCAACAAAGUGCUCACUGGUGAGACACACACACACACUGUCCACUGCUCAUUGUAGAUAUACAGUGGGGAGAAAAAGUAUUUGAUACACUGGCGAUUUUGCAGGUUUUCCUACUUACAAAGCAUGUAGAGGUCUGUAAUUUUUAUCAUAGGUACACUUCAACAAAAAUCCAGAAAAUCACAUUGUAUGAUUUUUAAGUAAUUAAUUUGCAUUUUAUGGCAUGACAUAAGUAUUUGAUACAUCAGAAAAGCAGAACUUAAUAUUUGGUACAGAAACCUUUGUUUGCAAUUACAGAGAUCAUACGUUUCCUGUAGGUCUUGACCAGGUUUGCACACACUGCAGCAGGGAUUUUGGCCCACUCCUCCAUACAGACCUUCUCCAGAUCCUUCAGGUUUCGGGGCUGUCACUGGGCAAUAUGGACUUUCAGCUCCCUCCAAAGAUGUUCUAUUGGGUUCACGUCUGGAGACUGGCUAGGCCACUCCAGGACCUUGAGAUGCUUCUUACGGAGCCACUCCUUAGUUGCCCUGGCUGUGUGUUUCGGGUCGUUGUCAUGCUGGAAGGCCCAGCCACGACCCAUCUUCAAUGCUCUUACUGAGGAAAGGAGGUUGUUGGCCAAGAUCUCGCGAUACAUGACCGCUUCCAUCCUCCCCUCAAUACAGUGCAGUCGUCCUGUCCCCUUUGCAGAAAAGCAUCCCCAAAGAAUGAUUUUUCCACCUCCAUGUUUCACGGUUGGGAUGAUGUUCUUGGGGUUGUACUCAUCCUUCUUCUUCCUCCAAACACGGCGAGUGGAGUUUAGACCAAAAAGCUAUAUUUUUGUCUCAUCAGACCACAUGACCUUCUCCCAUUCCUCCUCUGGAUCAUCCAGAUAGUCAUUGGCAAACUUCAGACGGGCCUGGACAUGCGCUGGCUUGAGCAGGGGGACCUUGCGUGCCCUGCAGGAUUUUAAUCCAUGACGGCGUAGUGUGUUACUAAUGGUUUUCUUUGAGACUGUGGUCCCAGCUCUCUUCAGGUCAUUGACCAGGUCCUGCCGUGUAGUUCUGGGCUGAUCCCUCACCUUCCUCAUGAUCAUUGAUGCCCCACGAGGUGAGAUCUUGCAUGGAGCCCCAGACCGAGGGUGAUUGACCGUCAUCUUGAACUUCUUCCAUUUUCUAAUAAUUGCGCCAACAGUUGUUGCCUUCUCACCAAGCUGCUUGCCUAUUGUCCUGUAGCCCAUCCCAGCCUUGUGCAGGUCUACAAUUUUAUCCCUGAUGUCCUUACACAGCUCUCUGGUCUUGGCCAUUGUGGAGAGGUUGGAGUCUGUUUGAUUGAGUGUGUGGACAGGUGUCUUUUAAACAGGUAACGAGUUCAAACAGGUGCAGUUAAUACAGGUAAUGAGUGGAGAACAGGUGGGCUUCUUAAAGAAAAACUAACAGGUCUGUGAGAGACGGAAUUCUUACUGGUUGGUAGGUGAUCAAAUACUUAUGUCAUGCAAAUUAAUUACUUAAAAAUCAUACAAUGUGGUGUUCUAGAUUUUUGUUAUAGAUUCCGUCUCUCACAGUUGAAGUGUACCUAUGAUAAAAAUUACAGACCUCUACAUGCUUUGUAAGUAGGAAAACCUGCAAAAUCAGCAGUGUAUCAAAUACUUGUUCUCCCCACUGUACAUGCAUAUUGUUUCUGUGUGAAUUCCAUCAAAAUGCUCUCUCCCUUGUGGAAACAAAAAAUACUAUGGCUGUCCCAAAUGUCACCCCACAUUUCCUAUAUAGUGCACUACUUUUGACCAGAAGGGUGACGUUUGGGAUGCAGACCCUGGCCAGACCCAGAUACAACCCCUAACCUCUCUCUCUCUCUCUCUCUCUCUCUGUCUCCCUCUACAGGCGGGGCUGAUAAGAACGUGGUGGUGUUUGAUAAGAAGGAGGAGCAGAUCAUCGCAACCCUGAAAGGACACACCAAGAAGGUCACCUCUGUCAUCUACCACCCCUCUCAGGUGAGACACACACACUUUCCUUUACUCUCCAUUUACAUAGUCCGCAGCAAUCCCUUGCACUGGAAAUACUCUAUAACUCUAAUAUCCCUUACCUCAACAAUUUCUCUCCCUCUCUCCCCCCUUUCUCUCUCUGCGCGCUCUCCUCCUCUCACUCUCUCCCUCCAGUCGGUGGUGUUCUCGGCCUCUCCAGACAGCACUAUCCGCGUGUGGUCCGUUACCGGGGGCAACUGUGUCCAGGUGGUGCGGGCUCACGAGGCGAGCGUCACCGGGCUCUCCCUCCACGCCACCGGAGAUUACCUGCUCAGCUCCUCCGAGGAUCAGGUAACACACACAUGCAUUUACAUGCACACACACACACACACACGUGCACACAGACACACACAUACACGUAACACAUAUACACAUUCAGAAACACACACAUGGAUUUGGACGGUAUUGUUAUGUAAAAAAAAAUUUUUUCUCUCUCUCCAUCAGUACUGGGCCUUUUCUGACAUCCAAACAGGUCGGGUUCUCACCAAAGUCACUGAUGAGGCUGCAGGAUGUGGUGAGUGCUUCUCUCUCCCGCUCUUUUUAAAAUUGUAUUUUUAUUGAGGAGAUGGGACAGUGGUGGAAAGACAUGAAAGAUAGGAGUAAGUAAGUAGCCUUGUCCAAGCCAGAACGGCUCAUAGGGCAGGAGCAUAUGUCCUGUUUCUGUAGUGAGGCAGCUUGAUGUAUAAGUACACCCCCUAGACAGGACACUAGUCUACCACAGGGAGGUAGGAGGAGGGUGAGUGAAUGGGCAGUGGGCCGGAUUCGAAGCCAUGGCCACUGUUGCAGCUCUAAUCGCUGGACCACACCUUUGGACCUCUCUCUCUCUCUCUUUGUCUUCCCAGAUGUUUUAUUGACCACAUGUUGCUAGGGACAACAUGUUUUAUUGACCACAUGUUGCUAGGGACAAUAUGUUUUAUUGACCACAUGUUGCUAGGGACAGUAUGUUUUAUUGACCACAUGUUGCUAGGGACAAUAUGUUUUAUUGACCACAUGUUGCUAGGGACAAGACGUUUUAUUGACCACAUAUAGCUAGGGACAAGACGUUUUAUUGACCACAUGUUGCUAGGGACAAGACGUUUUAUUGACCACAUAUAGCUAGGGACAAUAUGUUUUAUUGACCACAUAUAGCUAGGGACAAUAUGUUUUAUUGACCACAUGUUGCUAGGGACAAUAUGUUUUAUUGACCACAUGUUGCUAGGGACAAGACGUUUUAUUGACCACAUGUUGCUAGGGACAAGACGUUUUAUUGACCACAUGUUGCUAGGGACAAGACAUUUUAUUGACCACAUAUAGCUAGGGACAAGACGUUUUAUUGACCAGAUGUUGCUAGGGACAAGAUGUUUUAUUGACCACAUAAGGCUAGGGACCAGCUUCCUCUCAUUGUCUGUCAGUAUCCAAAAGUAGCACUUCCUAAAUGUGGGGUCAGCCCACCAACUAAUUUCCCACAUAUUAGGCCCCUUAAAUGCCAGGUUGUCUUUCAUAUGUAGAUAGGUAGACAAAUAAACAAUAACAUUUAACCAGCCCUCCCCUGCACCCCCUGUGAAUUGACUGACCUAGUACCUGAAAAAUAAAAUACAACAUUUCUAACCACCCUGUCCCUUGUACUCACUGAAAGCACAAUGAUACAUUGCAAAUGCAUGUUCUUUGCACAUCCUGUCCUGUACCCCUCCAGCUCUAACCUGUGCCCAGUUCCACCCUGACGGUCUGAUCUUCGGGACGGGAACGGCCGACUCUCAGAUCAAGAUCUGGGACCUGAAGGAGCGCACCAACGUGGCCAACUUCCCCGGUCACACCGGCCCCGUCACCUCCAUCGCCUUCUCUGAGAACGGAUACUACCUGGCUACAGGUGAGAAUGCUGUGUGAGAGAAGACUCUCUCUCUCUUUCUCUGUGUGUGUGUGAGAGCACGCGUACGCGUGAGAGAGAAGACAAGCUUGUGUGUGUCAAGUCUCUGUUACUGUCUGUAAGUGACUGUGUGUGAAAAGUUGUAUUUUUUCCUGUGUGUUACACACUGUUAGACAUUAUUACUCACCUCCAGGGCCUAAAAUGAACACCCGCCAAAUGCGGGUAGAUUCUGGCAUUGGUGGGUAAGAUGUCCAUUUCACCAGCCACGUUGGCGGGUGGUCAGGGCUCCACAGUGCGAGCAUUUCACUCGCAUUUGUGGAUAAAAAUAGUCAAGUAUGAUCACAUCUAUAGCAAAAUAAAUUCUGCAGUAGCUGUUUUCAAAGUAUUUCUGCCGUUUUUGUUUCAUAGCUGGUAAAUUAAUCGCACAAAGUCAAAGAACUACAAAUCCUAUAGCCUAUCCCACCUCGUGCUGCAACACUCCUGGCUUGGGGCUGUGUGCAUGUGAAGAGCGGGGUUGAAAGAUUCAUUUUUAGAAGCACUGCACACAGGCAUAACUGUUGGUCUAAUUUACUUGAAACGAAAGUCUACUGAAGUGAGACUUUGUCCUUGUGUUUCUUGGCUAUUUACAUUGUUUUAUUCACAAGCUAGGUUGUUUUUUUAAUGUUUGCGUUUCAACUGCUAGGGAAGAGAAGACAAUGCAGCUACUAGUCACUCUCAAUCUCACUGGCACAAACAUGACUUGAGUCACGUUACCACGGUAACCUCCCCCCUUAAAGGGGCAGGUGAAAUGUUUUGUCUCAUCUGUGAUAUUUUGGUUAAAAGACUCGGGUCACAAAAUGAAAUGAAAUUAAACAAUAUACCACUACUUACUAGUUAUACAUUUAUUGUUUUAGAAACAUUACAAAGCAUGCUCAUCUGCUUUUUUUGUUUUGUUGGUGUAAUUAUUGCGGGGGAAAAUAUUUUAGCUGGUUAAAAAAUCUGAGUGGCUGGUAGAUUUUGUUAUCUACUUGACACAGUGGCUGGUGGACCAAAAAGUAGAUUUUAGGCACUGCUCACCUCACCUCCUCUCUCUUGUCUCCAGGUGCCCAGGACAGCUCAGUGAAGCUCUGGGAUCUGAGGAAGCUGAAGAACUUCAAGACCAUCACCCUGGACAACAACUAUGAGGUAAGAAGAGCAGAAAUUAGUUUACAUCUGAAAUUACCCCUAUUCCCACCACUACUUUUGGCCAGAGUCUAGUGCACUAUCUAAGAAAUACGCUGCUAUUUGAGACAUAGUCAUUGUAGACUGUACACUGCACAUUCAGAAACUAUUUGUAUUGCCCCCCCCCCCCCCCUCUUUUAGGCUGCUGCUACUCUCUGUUUAUUAUCUAUGCAUAGUCACUUUAAUAACUCUACCUACAUGUACUAAUUGCCUCAAUUACCUCGACUAACCGGUGCCCCCGCACAUUGACUCGGUACCGGUACCCCCUGUAUAUAGCCUCGCUAUUGUUAUUUUACUGCUGCUCUUUAAUUAUUUGUUACUUUUAUUUCUUAUUAUUUUAUUUAUUUAAUGUUUUUUUUGUAAUUUUUUUUUGUUGGUAUUCUUUCUUAAAAUUGCAUUGUUGGUUAAGGGCUUGUAAGUAAACAUUUCACUCUAUGGUUCACCUGUUGUAUUCGGCGCAUGUGACAAAUACAAUUUGAUUUGAUUAUUCAUGCUACAGUCUAGCCUGGUCCCACAUCGGUUUGUGCUCUUGCCAUCUCCAUUUAUGUCACUGGCAUGACAAUUCCAUAAGCAGUUUGCAAGAGAGCAGAAAUAGACUGGCACCCAGGCUAGCAACGGUCUGUAUGAAUACUGUAAUCUCCUUGUACUGAAUUACACUGUACAUUUAGAUAAAUGAUAUGUGAGCCUCUUUCCUCUCCCUCAGGUGAAGUCCCUGGUGUUUGACCAGAGUGGGACGUAUCUGGCUGUGGGUGGCACUGACAUCAGGGUCUACAUCUGUAAACAGUGGUCCGAGGUCCUCAACUUCACAGGUAAGAGAAUGCACAGUGUGUGUGUGUGUGUGUUAUACUGCUGUGCUGCUAGAGAUGAAGUGGCGAGGGGUGCUGAGUUAGCCUGGGACAGAAACAGUGGUCUAGAGGUGGGUCUUCAAAUUGCCUGGAUGGAUGAUAAUAGCAAAUGUGUAUAUACAGUACCUUAUGAAAUAUCUUCUUUUUUUAUCUGUGAAGUUUACGAUUCUGUUUAUCAGCACCUCCCCAACUUUAUUAGGUGUGUCAACUCAUGCUUUUGAGUUGAUUUCAAGUCUAACAUUUUUGCCUGUUAUUGUUUUGUUUUUCUUUACCCAGAACACACUGGGGUGGUGACUGGCGUGGCGUUUGGGGAGCACGCCCAGUUCCUCACUUCCACCGGAAUGGACAGGAGCCUCAAGUUCUACAGCCUGUAA